AUGAAAUCUAAAAUUAGUCGCCAAAACAGUUUUUUACGAGUCAUUACAAUUCCCUAUCGGGCUCUAUGCAAAGCCCGGGAUUUCUACGUGAGAAGCAUUACAGAUUGCUCAGACAUGACGAAUUAUCGUCCCACGAACGUGCGUGGCCUGCCCAAAAGCUACAGCGUCAGCUCAACCAUGUCGUCGGAAAGUGAGGAUUUCAGGGAGCUCGUUCGUGCUUCGUCGACCCGGAGCAUCGGCAGUAGAAUUGACCUGGAGCUGUACCUGCAACAACAGAAGAAGAUCGGGCCGGUUUCCGAGGCCGAGACGCGGCCCAUGCCCAGAAGUAGCAGCGUGGCCAUGGGGAGUAUUGAUGAAGAUCGGCCGUGUUGUUAUUUUGGAGAAAUGAAUGUGAAUUUGAAGAGAGAAUUGAAGUAUCCCAGAAGCAGAAGCCAUGCUGCGGCAACAGCAUCAGCCUUUUGA